GGUUAGUAUCAGUAGUCGUGCAGACAUCGUCAAGGCAAGACAACUAUAACUCGCAACGCUAGCUGUUAGCGCUAACUGCUACUAUGUCUCGCGUAUAUAAACCAACCGAGCAUGUGGUCAAUAAAUCCUGGGUGCCCAGCCUCCAGCGAUACAAAGACAUGUACAAAAAAUCUAUAGAUGAUCCAGAAGCAUUUUGGUCAAAAAUAGCUAGUGAAUUCCAUUGGGAGAUUCCUUACCAGCCCGGCAAAUUCGUUUCGUACAACUUCGAUGUCGAUAAGGGGGAUAUUUUCAUCAAGUGGAUGGAAGGUGCUGUAACCAACGUCUGCUACAACCUUUUGGAUCGGAACGUGAGGAGUGGUCAUGGGGAAAAAAUCGCAUACUACUGGGCAGGCAAUCACCCGGAUGACUACAGCCGCAUAUCCUACAGAACAUUAUUGGACAUGGUGUGCCAGUUCGCAAAUGCUCUACGUAGCCAUGGAGUUAAAAAGGGGGAUAGAGUUUCAAUCUAUAUGCCCAUGAUCCUGGAGACGGUUGUUUGCAUGUUGGCAUGCGCACGUAUCGGCGCUAUACAUUCGGUUGUAUUCGCGGGUUUCUCUCCGGACUCCUUAGCAGAGCGCAUGUCAGAUUGCAAGGCUAAAGUCCUGAUAACAUCCGACGGUGCAUGGCGAGGCGAGAAGCUUCUAACAUUGAAGAAGACGUGCGAUGAAGCGUUGGAGAUUGCAAAGAAGAAUCACAACCACAAAGUUGACAUGUGCAUAGUUGUGGCGCAUCUCAAGAGGGUCACGCCAUGCGGACCGAUGCCAGACAUUGACACUCUGUAUGAAUGGAACGAUGGUGUUGACGUAUGGUGGCACGAUAUCAUAGAAGAUCAGUCAACUAUGUGUCAGCCUGAAUGGAUGGGAGCUGAGGAUCCUCUCUUUAUGCUGUAUACAAGUGGGUCUACGGGCAAGCCUAAGGGCGUGUUGCACACAACGGGCGGAUACCUGCUGUACGCUACGGCUACGUUCCGCUACGUGUUCGACUACCGUCCGCUGGACACCUACUGGUGCACCGCUGACGUCGGCUGGAUCACCGGCCACACCUACGUCGUCUACGCGCCUCUGGCCAACCGCGCCACAUCGGUGAUGUUCGAGGGUACUCCAUUCUACCCGGACAACACUCGCUACUGGUCUUUGAUUGAGAAGUACAAGAUCACCCAGUUCUACACAGCACCUACUGCUAUCAGGUCUCUGAUGAAGUUUGGAGAAGAAUCUGUGAAAAAGCACAACUUAAGCUCGCUACGUAUAUUGGGGAGCGUGGGAGAACCCAUCAACCCGGAGGCUUGGCUCUGGUACUACAACAUCAUUGGCAACGGUAGAUGCUCUAUAUCGGACACUUUCUGGCAAACGGAGACCGGUGGCCAUGUUCUCACCAGUCUCCCUGGAGCCACACCUAUGAAACCUGGAGCUGCUGGCUACCCGUUCUUUGGAGUUCAGCCGAUUCUGUUGGACGAGAAUGGCGCGGUUAUUGAGGGCGAGGGGGAAGGCUACCUGGUGUUCUCGAAGCCGUGGCCUGGCAUCAUGAGAACUCUCUUCGGAGACCACAGCCGCUACGAGAGUGUUUACUUCUCAAAAUUCAAGGGCUACUAUUGUACUGGCGAUGGUGCUAGGCGUGACGAAGACGGUUUCUUGUGGGUCACCGGGCGUAUCGACGACAUGUUGAACGUUUCCGGCCACUUGAUGUCCACCGCCGAAGUGGAGGGUGUCCUCACCGAGGAGCCGCGGGUCUCCGAAGCCGCGGUCGUAUCCAAGCCCCACCCGGUUAAGGGCGAAUCUCUGUAUUGCUUCGUUAUCCUCAACGAAGGUGCUACAUUCGACGCCAAUUUAGUUGCUUCGCUGAAGAAACUGGUGAGAAACAGGAUUGGUGCAUUCGCAGCACCAGAUGUCAUCCAAUACGCGCCCGGGUUGCCCAAGACCAGGUCUGGUAAGAUCAUGAGAAGGAUAUUGAGGAAAAUUGCUAUUGGGGACAAGAACAUCGGCGACACUUCGACAUUGGCCGAUCCAUCUGUUGUUGAGGAGCUGUUUAAGAAUCGACCUUAAAUAUUUAUGAUACUUACGUAAUAUCUGUUGACAUCCAUUUACAUACGUUCCUAUCAUAACAUGUACAACCCUCGACGCUUUUCAUUUAUAUUACUGAAUGUUAUACUUAUUAAUGAAUGUUGUUAUGAAGAUAUAUUUUUAAAUUGAAUAGGUCUGAUUAGAUAAAGAGCACAAUUUUUUGUAGUCAUAAAAGAUGAGCUUUAUUCUUAGUUCACAUAAAGUUUGGGUCAUAAAACGACGUGGAAAGCAAGAAUAUUUGUGAUUUUAAAACAUUUUCUGUAUAUUUAAUAUACAGGGUGUUUUAUUUAACUGGGGUAGUGUGGCAAAAUCAGAAACAUAGAAGGUAUUAUAAGAAAACUGUCUUUUAUAUUCAGAAUAGCAAUGAUCAGGUCUAGGUUGAUGCGAGCUUGCCUAGAAGAUGCUUAUUGUCAGGAAACACCGAAGCCGGAAAGGCAUUUUACAUUAUCGCUGAUCUUAUUAGAAACCUCAAUGCGAGACGCUUCGUGCGAGCGACUAGACAUCAACAACAAGAGGAUGCCACUUUUCACGGCGUCUUGGGUUUAUUUUUCAAUUGGUGAACAUAAAUUAGUAGAAAACUCGAAGAAAACAAAGCAAGACUUUGCAAAAAAAACUAAGAAUGCAUUCUAAAAAGUUCCAUUCUUUGUAUAUAAACCUGAGGCGUAGCUGUUAAACCUGAUGUGUCUAUAAUAAGAGUACCACCGGCAAUAAUAAAACAUGGCGGCAUAUAUGAGAUCUCCUCCACAUUCACACAUUUACGACUUUUCUCCGCAUGAUGUCGCACCAUACGGCACGGCUUUUCGCAACUUGAAGAGCUUCGUGUACUUUUGUAUCAAGAGUGGUGCGAUUUGAUCUGACCAUUACUUCGGGCUACGUCCUCGAGUCUCUUCCCUCUUCCCAUUUUUCCAGUGAUAACAAGUAUCUCUGAGUGAUCCUCUGAAUAAGUGGAAAGUGUUUUCGAGAUGUUGAGCUGUUUCAACACCGAUGCAUUGGUUCUAUGCGCUAUCCACGGAAUACGAAGCAUUAUUCGCCACUACUACAUCUCAAAGGCUUCUAUGCAAUGCCGAUCAGCUGAUAUGAUUGUCCAUGUCUCAGCCUGCUGCUUAAGUAAAUAUUGGAAAGCCGAAGAUUUCGGACGGAACACAUUUUGGUGUUUAAAGAGAUGUUCCUGUCUUUAAAAUUUUAAGCAGUUAAGACAUGGCGCUUUUAGCCAUCCUAAUUCUCUUGCAAAUUUCCAUCUCACAUCAUCUAAAUUGGUUAACAUUGCUCCACCAAUGUUGAUGUCACCAUCGUCGUCUUCGAGAGUUCGUCUCAUUAUAUACUGUCCAUAAAUAUUGAACAGAAUAGGAGAAUGCACACAACCCUGCCUAACGCUUUUGUUUGAAAAUGUCAAAUUAAGGACAAUUCAAUAAACUUCAGAGUACCUAUUUCUUUCAAAAGAUUAUUAAGACAGUUUUGCUGUGUACCUCUAUAAUGUCUGAUAUAGCCACUUUACGAGUACAAUACUUACGAGUACCUAUCUACUACAUCAUACAAACUAAGUAUUUUUUUUUAAUAUUAAGCGUGCUAUUUAUGAUUACCUUUAAAAAUAAAAUUAACAUAUUGAAUUAUUGUUUGAUCGUUAAUAAAAUCUAUUAAUAGAUAAUAGUCAUAGUAUAAAGUAUAAAUUAUUCCACAUUGUUAGAAUAAUAUAAUUUUGCAAAGUAUCUAAAGAUUAUAUUGACAAAGUAGCUAUAAAAAUUAUAACUGUUAAUUGUUCUACAAAAGUUUUAGUGUAACUGCAACUGCAAUCUCAAAAAUAAACCUAUUUAUAUAAUAUAAUCUACUUUCGAGUUUAGUGAAUUUAUUUGGAGGUUUCAUCAAUGCUAAAAUUAAAUAUUUGUUUCUAAACGGUUUCAUAGCAAGUUUUAUUUUCGAUAACUGGAAAAGAAAUAAGCAUUAGUAACUUCAAAAGGUAAUAUGUAGUAAGAAGGUCAAAGUGGCCUACUAAAAUAACUGUCGACGGUGGAUAAGUAAAAUAAUCUACUUAGGUAUCACACAUUUCAACCGACUAUCAAAAUGGAGAAAGAGCUUCUACGUUCAGCAGUGUGUUUUAGAAAACUGGCAGUGACGUGACUUUUUUCUCAGAGAUUUGAUAUUAAGACUCUCAGAAUACCUACCUACUUUAUUCAGUUUAUGCCUUUCUCAAAUGUUAAUUUUGCUUGUCCACCAUCGUGUAAGCUUAGAAAAUACAAGUAUAAUUGUUAAGUAAAACAAAUGGCAUUCCAGAGCGGCUUAGUAUGUCGUAGAUAUAAUUGUAGAAUCUUAUAAUAAUAAUAAUAACUAACUACAGUCAUAUUGUACAAUUUUAAUAGCUAAUUAUAUUACACGAACCUCAAAAGCAGUUUUCAAGGAAAUCAUUCUUACUUAUUUUAUAAAGUAACUUUGCUACAAACAAGCUUACGGGCUAUAAAUAUUGUUUAACUAUAUUAUCUACGUACGAGUUCUUAUAACGCUUUUGCGUGUUUAUUUGUAUACCUACUAAAUUUAGAGUAAUAGUACAUAAUGUUACUGUCUAUAAGCAAAAUAAAAUGUUUAAGUAAUGACUGGCCGCAUAUCGUAUCCGUUUUCUGUGUUCGGACAACCGAAUGCAUGAAAUAAAUUUAAAAUAUAUGAAGUGAAGCACAUGUGCGAUUUUUUCUGAACGGAACAUUUCCGCGUGUUUGGAAAAACCAUUCGGAAUAAACCUAAUGACGUCAUGCGGAAUGCUGCGCUUGUGUACAAUCCGUUUAUGCCAACGCUCACGUUCGGAAAUUUCCAUUUACGUAUUCAUGCAUAAAAUUGUAGCUCAAUAGUUAUGUAUGAGGCAGAAACAUUAAUAUUAUCUGUCGAAAAACCUGCUUGUCAAUCAAAUCAAAGAAUGUAUCUGCUUGUGCUCGUAACUUUGUUCUCUUCAGAUAAAAUGGACUCUCAUAGAUUUUCCGUGUAUUCAAUGGAUGUACUCAAUACCAACUACGUUUCGUUAACAGAAAUGCAAUUAUUCCUAAAUAAAUGAUCGCCCUCAAUCUUCGUGCGUUCACAAUGCUAUCACUAUCCGUACUGACAAUAUGCAGUCUGAAUGAAGAAAAACGUAGUCUGCGGUAGUCCCACGAAAUUCCAAAUCGAAAUAUGUAUUCGGAAAACGAACACGGAAAACGAGUAUGCAGCCAGCCUUAAGCCUACAUUUACUGACACGCAGCUAGUACAAGUACGUCCAAAAAGGAUUCAUAAUUAAAUUACACUAAUACUAGCCAUUCACCAUUCAAGAAGUUCACAUGCUUGCUAACGGCAGGUCAUCCGAUUAAACUGAUCGUGUUUUGGUCGCGAUGUGCAUGACACGCUGCAGGUACAUGAACUUACUGGAUGGUGAGUGUCUAGCAUAAAAUAACAUUAUCUAUGUUUUUAUUUCAAUGUUUAAAUUAUAGAGUAGCCAUUAAUUGUUAUGCACAAUUUCGACAUUUAUUUACCUACUUGUAUGUUUACUUUUAGUUUUGGGGUCGUAGAGUAUCCAUAUAGAUAUCCUGUAGAUAUCGGUAGAUUUAGUUUUUAUGUUAGUAAUAUAUCUUUUAUAUAAACGAAGUCACAAAAUAAAAUUAAAUGGUUAACUGGUAUGACCUAGUGGAAUUACUUUCGUGGCACUAUUUAUUAUAACUUAGUUCCAUAAAUAGGUAGUUACCUAGUUACAUUAGUUUCCAGUCGUUUAAUAUUUUUUUUAUAGCUAGCUAUUAAAACGCUUGGACUUUGACAUUUGACCUAAGUACUUAAGUCUUAAUUUCUCCUCACAUUGUCUAUACUUUAUAGUCUAUAACCAAUUAAAAGGUAUUAAAGAAAACACACUUGUUAAACAAAUUUGUAAUUAAUUUUAACGAUGUCAUCUCUAUUAAAACGCACGAAAAGCUACUAUUACCUAGUAAUAGGCAUGCUAAUAAAAUGGCUAGAAAUGGAUUAAUAGAUUAGGUACGCAAUUUGAUGGCACAGAAUAGAGUCAUUUCUAUCUUACCAGGGUGGCUGUAUUAAAAACCAAGUAGUUAGGAAAGUCGUUAAGGACUUCCCUGUACUUCGUUGAUUGCUGUUGCCCUACUGUUAGUGAUUACUAUAGUCGGAGGGAAUAUUUAUGACAUUUCGGAACAUGGAACGUGCGUUAAGUUGCGCAAUACAAUAUUUUAGGCAUCACCGGUUACGUAGGGGCGCGGCGGCAGAGCAUCAUUUUAGCGACUCCCACCCACCCGAAGUCGUCUUCGUCUUCACGCUUGUGUUUAGCGUACUUUGUGUAUUAGGUACCUACGUGUAGAGGCAUCCGCAGUUCAUUUCGAAGACGUCAUAAAGGUUGCGUCCAACUAUACUUACCUACUACUAUUAUUGCCAAAUUAUGUAUUCUAUAUUCUUGUUGUUAGUGAAGCACCUGUUUUAUACAAAAGCUCAGACAAGCCAAUUUUUCAUGCAACAAAGGAUUUAAUAGCAAAAUAGUCUUUCACACCUCAGGUAUUUCAAGUAAGUAUAAAGUUUAAAUGUCUGAGAAAAUAUGUUGAAAGUCAUAGCAAAUGUUAUAUCAACCGUCAACGGCGUCGACUUGGCUACGGGUAGGCGACGCCGCGCUUAGCCGCCAUUCGCACAAGCGUUUUUUUAACGUGAAAUAAAGUGAAGGUCUAUUUCCUUAAGGUAAGAAAUUAAAAAUGCAACACAGCUCGAAAAAAGGCGUCGCGUUUUUAUAAACGCUAACGUGUGAACAUUAUAAUUUGAACGCUUAUUUAACGUCAGUUAAAAAAGCGCUCGUACGAAUGGGGCUUACGGCUCGCCGACCUUGGGUUUCUGAUCCCUUGUAGAGUCGAUGUGUGCUAUGACCUUUAAUCUGAAUUAAGUAGUGUCACAUAUAAUGUUAGCGUACAUGUGUUAAAUGUAUAAUCAAAUUAAAAUAGACUAUAAGAAUGGAAUUGUGAUUGUAUGUUGAAACAAACAUAUCAUUAAAAGUGAUAUAUUAAUUCAA